AUGUCUCCCGCCCUCGCGAGCGCCGCGAAAACGAUCAACGUGGACGAUGUCGACGACUGGAUCGUCGUCAAGGACGAUCGCUCUAUCGAGAAAGGCUGGGGAUUCUCGCUCUUCGGUAAAGAAAACGAAGCGACGUUUGAAUCCGCGAAAAGAAAACGCGUCGAUAAAAUGCUCAUAAAGCACGGCUACGCAAAGACGAGGUCGGAUGUGGAUGACAUGAUCAAAGACGGACGUGUGUGUGUGGGCGGUGCGCCAGUUGAGCGCGAAUCGCGCGUUUUAUUGUCGGCGUUGACCGUUGAUGGUAAGGCCUUCGUCCCGGUCAAGCGACGCGCGGGGACGCUCGAUGACGACGACGAUGACGACAACGAAUGA